AUGGACCUCUCCAACAACCUUCUCUUCCGCCUCAGCCUUUACUACAUCUUCGUCAGCCCCGAGACAUGGCAAGUCGCCUCAUUGCUGAAUCAACUCCACAAAAUCGCACCAGGCAUAGCUACACAAGAGGUCAAAUCCACCUACCUCGGUUUGCAUGACACAGAGCAUCCUAUGUGGGUCCGAGCCAAAGACAUGGCCAGGCAGGAGCCGGAUGAGCUGAAGCGGAUCAUGCGAGAUGAAAUUGGGUUGGGGGGCGAGAGGUGGGACGUUCGUGUGGUGAAUCCUGUGAUGCCGAUGGCUAUGUUGAGGUUGAUCAGGGAUUGA